AUGGCAGUGUGCGAUUCCAAUUUAAAAUUUUUGAAUUUGGUAGCUAAGUGGCCUGGUUCAUCACAUGAGGCAUUUGUGUGGUCCAAUUCUGUGCUGUGUCAAAUAUUUGAGAAUGGCAACAUUGCCAGAAGUUGGCUAGUUGGUGACAGUGCCUACCCAUUAAAGAAAUAUUUAUUGAUAUUCUUGUUAAACCCAAGUAACCCCCAGCAGGAGGCGUACAACGAAGCCCAGGCAAAAACCAGAGCCUCCAUUGAGAAAGCGUUUGGUGUUCUUAAAAUGAGGUUCCGGUGCACCGAUCGUUCCGGAGGGAUCCUUAUUUUUCGACCUGAGAGAGCAUUUCGGAUUGUGGCUGCUUGUGUUGUUCUACAUAACAUUUGUACUAAGAACAAUGUCCCUGUGCCCCGAAACAGGUAUCAGUAUCGGUUUAUUCAACAACCAGACAAUGUUGUGUACCAAGGAGUAAACAAUGACGGUGCUGAAGUUAGAAUAUUAAUACAAACUCGAUUCUGA